GGGGCGUUAGGUGGAGCGAUAUCCAUUGUUUUUUUUCCACUUUAUUUCACUUCCCUACAUAAUCAUAGGCCUAGUUUGUUUUUGGCCGAUGCAUACUCCAUAAAAUGGCUUUCAGAUACAACACAUCGACUGGGAAAUUAUCUCCCAGUACACCACAGUUAGCCUACAACCCUGAAGGUAUAAAGAAAUUGAAGUGUGCCGACCCCCCAAAGAUCCAAUGGGCUGUCAAACCGAUGCCACCAGCACCACAGUACAGUCCUCUAGGAGGUGACCAAAUAUUUGGAAGUUUAAUAAGAAAUAGGGUUUAUGAGAAAUGGCCACUGUUUCAGGCAAAUGAUGGCGUUCCAGUGCACUUAAAACGAGGAGCAAGGGAUCGAGUAAGCUUUAUGCUCUUUGCUGGAUUUGUUGGUUGCUCUACUCUAUAUACGUUAUUUCAACUUGGACGACUAAUAAACAAAAAAUAGCAAUGCUAAAUCUUACAAAUUAUUAAUAAACUACAAGAUAACAAGAUAGAUAUGAAGUUGCCUGAUAUUGCUGAUCCUCCAUUUAGCAUUCACAAAUGAGAAUAGUUUUAUUAACAUCUUGAAAAGUAAGGACUGUUAAUUAAAAUGUGUGAGUUUGUUUUUGUUGCAGUACAGGAAAUAAGGACAUUUGAAACAGAUAUACUUGGUGUGAAGAAAUAAUUGUUUUGAUAUUGUAACUUGAUUGUGUACUUUAUCCAUAGUACAGAGAAUAUUGCAAUAAAUGUUGUGAAUGCGUUGUUGAAAAA